AUGUCUGAAGAAAAAAAAGAAGGAAAAAAGGAAGAAAAUAUUUUGGAUGAUCCUAAACAUGGUAUUUUGAUUCCAUCUUGUUUAGUUUUGGUGGGUGUCAUUAUAUUAUAUGCCCAAUCUAGAAGUGGCAAAAUUCUAUUGGCUUUACCGAUUUUGUUCACUUUUUUAUCGGUCAAUUACCUCAAGGCAAAAUCUCGUAAACAAUCAGUUUAUAAAGACAAAUGGACCAAAUUGGAACUUGUUGAUCAAACCAUUAUUUCCAAAAACUCCGCAAUUUAUCGUUUUAACCUAAAAACACGUCUAGAGGCAUUAAACACACCUGUUGGCCAUCAUUUAGCUGUUAGAUUUAAUAUUGACGGUAAUGAUCAAAUUAGAUAUUAUACACCGAUUUCUCCUCAAUACGAAACAGGCCACUUUGAUAUAAUAGUUAAAUCUUAUCCAGAUGGUACAGUUUCCAAAUGUUUCGCCGGUUUAAAACCAGGGGAUCAAGUCGAAUUUCAAGGUCCUGUUGGUAGGUUUAAUUAUGUACCAAAUUCUUAUAAAGAAAUAUGUAUGAUUGCUGGUGGUUCAGGUAUCACUCCAAUGCUACAAGUCAUAUCAAAGAUUGUUUCCACUCCGGAGGAUUUUUCUAAAAUGACUUUAAUUUUUGCCAAUGAAACCGAAAAUGAUAUUUUAUUAAAGGAUGAGCUGGAUGAAAUUGCUGAAAAGUACCCAAACUUGAAAAUUCAUUAUGUUUUAAAUAAUCCUACUACAGGAAAAAGUAUCGGCGAUGUUGGUUUAGUUACUAAAGAACUCAUGUCUAAAUAUUUGCCUAAUCCAUCUCCAGAUGUAAGACUUUUGAUUUGUGGUAAACCAGAUAUGAAAAAAAUGUUACUGGAGUAUUCAGAAGAAUUGGGUUGGCCAUCUGGCACCUUGAAAUCUAAUCCAGAUGAUCAAGUCUUUUGCUUUUAA